CGCUCUCAAUUGAAAAACAGUUUUGUAUUAGGUGGGUUCGCGUUCGCUGGUCUCUAAAUUUGCGUAUUUAUUUAACCCAAUAAGGUGAUUUGCGUUCCUGAGUGAUUGCUAACAGUGUGGCGGUCAGGCUUUGUGUGGCUAUUGCCACCAACUUACUAACAAUCGUAUAUACUGUAUGUAUUUGUACCUAUUGCUAUUCAAGUGGCCCGUGUGUGCUAACACACUGUUUGGAAUUGUGAGACCAAACCGAUACCUAGUAAUUUAUGCAUUAUAUGCAGAUCGGUUGAAACACAGACUACGGCCCACCAGCUGAACGUGGUCGAACCAAUGCGAAGAGGUUUAAUGGGUUCGAUUUAACAUUUUGUUGGUCAUUUUUCCGUCUAGUGGUUGGAAACGCUGCGCGUACACUGACGAUCCAUUCGUAUUCGAACAUUCGAUCGUUUCAUAGUUAGGGAUCGCGAUAAGGUAGUUUGUGUCGUUACAGUUUUGAUUUCAGAUAAUUUGCGAAAAUGUGCAAAAUUAUUCCGGUGAUAAAUAUGAUUAAACUCUUCCAUGCGUUGGCUUAAUUCUUGUGAAACAAAGCGAACUUCUGCCAUUCGUAUGGGAGUUUGUAUUGUGUUGAUGUCAUAAACAAAACAGCUGCAAUCAAACGUAUUAUCGCGGCAGACAUUGGAGACAAUUCACUAAUAUUUUGGAUUACUUAAACAACAAACGUGUUUCACAUUUCUCACCGAGAUGGCGUUAGUGUUGCGUAAUAUUUACGAAACGUUCAAUUACUUUUUCAACGAAUACAAAGAUCCCCGAGUCGAACAUUAUCCUCUGCUAGGAUCACCAUGGCCGAUCGUAGCAAUUAUUGUGCUGUACCUAAAGUUCGUCAACGAUUGGGGUCGUCGGUUGAUGAACCACAGAAAACCAGUUGAUCUAACAACGGUUAUGAAUUUGUACAAUUUCAUACAGAUCUUGUUGAACCUGUACAUUGGCAUCGUUGGUGGUUUAAACUCUUACUUUGAUCCUGACUAUAGUUGGAGUUGCGAAACGAUCAAUCAGAAAGACAAUCCAUCGAGGCGUAAACUCAUAUUUGUAACUUAUCUUUAUUUUAUUUCUAAAAUUAUUGAUCUUCUAGAUACGGUAUUUUUUAUACUGCGAAAAAAGUACAAUCAGAUCACAUUUCUUCACACCUAUCAUCAUGCAGGAAUGGUAGUCGCUACCUAUGUAUUUACUAAAUUUUUAGCCGGAAGUCACGCAACACUUUUAGGAUUGAUCAAUAGCUUCGUGCAUGUUAUUAUGUAUUUUUACUAUUUUCUUACUUCCUUUAAACCGGAAUUGAAAAAUUCAUUAUGGUGGAAACGUUACAUCACCCAAGUACAGCUGAUUCAGUUCGCCAUAUUGAUGCUACAUUUUGGAGUGCCUUUAGUGGGAGGAUACUGUGAUUUUCCUAAUAUUCUUCUCUUUAUUGGUUUAACACAAAAUAUGUUUAUGUUCACAUUGUUUGCAGACUUUUAUGUUAAAGCGUACAUUAAAAAGAAAUAAAAUUUGCUUUACGAAUAAUAUACAAACAAGCAAAAA